UUGUUUUCACCAGACACAUUUGGCUGCUGCACAUCUCGGAAAUACACAUUUCAGCAUGGCUUUGCAGCACCUGAAGAUUACUGAUCAAUUUUCUCAGCAGUCAAGAAAAAUAUCCUAACAAUUAAUCUGCGUCGGUGCGACCACACGGUAAACUUACUUAUUUGUUGGUGAGAAGGCGUAACUGUUCCGUUUUUAACGUUACCAGGUAACCAAGUGUCGAAGCUCUGACGGUCCAGCGUGGCUGAGUACGGUUAGCAGACUUCAACCAAAUACUGCAAAAUAUUUCACCGAAAGUGGCCAUAAUGUCAAAGGUGAAGGCAAAGAAAAAUGACUUUACUGCUAAAACAAAACAACCCACGUCCACAGAGAAAAUAUGCACAUCGAGAAAGAAAAGGAAACGGUGGAUGGAAAAGAAGUUUAAAAAGAUAAAGCCACCACCCAAGAAACAAGAAAAAGCUCGAGCUCAGCAAGCAGUGCCUCCGAAAGAUAGCCUGCAGUUCUCUGCUAACUGGAAGGCAUUACAAGAGGUGUUAAAGGCCAGUCAACCGGAGAAGCAGCAGCCUGGGACACCAAAACCUCCGAAUGGUGCUCUACAAAAACAGGAGGCUAAAGAAAAAUCUAAAAAUAUUUCCAAGAACAAUGUCUCUCCCAGACGAACAAUGUCUCUCCCAGACAACAAAGUGAAGCACAAAAUUGUUCCUCCAAAAAAAAGUGUUGCCCCUAAGGACUCACCGGUGAACUCCGAGGUUCCAGCUGUCUCAGAGACAAAACCGUCUGCUGCUCCAAAAAGGAAAAAGGACAGUGGAAAGUCAAACGGCGAGCAAGCAGCCAAGAAAAAGAAACCUGUGGUUGAAGAGAGGAAACCUACAGAAGCCGACCUUUGGUUCGACGAUGUAGACCCUGACGACAUUGAGGCAACAGUGGGAGCAGAGGCAGCGGAGAUCAUGAGGAAAAAGCAGGGCAUUCACAAAAAUAAGGACACAGAGAGCGCCCUGGUCAAGGAGAAAGCCUUUGAGGGCCUCACCAGAGCCGUGGCCAUUGAUUGCGAGAUGGUGGGAGUCGGUCCUGAUGGAGAGGACAGCAUCUUGGCUCGCGUGUCCCUCGUAAACCACUUUGGGAAAUGCAUCUAUGACAAAUAUGUGAAACCCACAGAGAAGGUGACAGACUACAGGACAGCUGUCAGUGGCAUCCGACCAGAGGACAUCAAAGAGGGAGAGGAUUUACAGACUGUGCAGAGAGAGGUUGCUGAGAUCCUGCAAGGCAGAAUUGUGGUUGGACAUGCCAUACACAAUGACCUAAAGAUUUUACUCUUGGAUCAUCCAAAAAAGAAAAUCCGGGACACUCAGAAGUACAAACCUUUUAAGAAAGCUGUUAAGAGUGGUCGACCCUCGCUGAAACUCCUCUGUAGAGAAAUACUCAACGUUAAGGUCCAACAGGGUGAACAUUCAUCUGUCCAAGACGCACAGGCCACCAUGAGGCUCUACACAAUGGUGAGAAAACAGUGGGAAGCAGAGAUUAAAGCCAGUCGCAACAACAAAGACUCAUCCAAGAAGAGUGUGAGAAAGCCCAAGUUUCCCAAGAACAAGAAUCUCAUGGGUCUAUGAAUUCAGAACAAAUAUGCAAGAGAACCGGUUGUCUCUGGAUUAGAGCAGCUGUGACUGAAAUGAGGUUUGGAAAGAUGUCCAAUGAAGUGUUAUGGACAGGUGGCUCGCCAGUCAACACAUUUCCAGGAUGUGAAAGGCUUGAUUGUUCUUGCCAAGAUUCACAUAAAGCCAAGAGUGUUCUGCUUGAGUAUCCCAGACUGUGCCUCACACAGAGAUUGCAACAUCUGAGAGAUCAUGGAGCUUUUAUUUACACUGAUCCUUACAGCUAUUUCCUCAAAUAUUCCCAGAACAUAAUUUCCCAUCAUGUUAUUCCCAGGAGGCAGGUGUUCAAAUCAUCCAUUUUCUUCUCUGGAGUGCUCAUGAGAACUCAAAAUCGUUUGUCCAUUAGCACACUGUCUGUUAUUUUAGCGUGACUGUUCCAGUGUUCUAUAAAUUGUUCUUUGGUUUCUCAUGACCUGGUUUGUAGUAAUGUUCCUGGUUGCCUUAAAUGUUUUAAAAAGUAAUAAAACAACUUAUUUCUGUGUA